GGACUUCGGCCCGCCUUGGGCCGGAAGUGGGGAAGGCGGGAUUGUCCUUUUCCGGCAGAAAGUAGGAGGAACCGGGGGCGUCGCCGUGGGGAAGAGUGUUGGUGUAACACUGCCGGCUGCGCCGAGGGGUAGGAUGGAGGCGGGUGUCGGUGUAGGGGCGCUCGGAAGGGACGGAUAUCGCUGUGGCACUGCGGGGACGCUCUGAGGGGACUGGUGUCGGUGUGGCACCGGUGCACGCUGAAGGAGCUGGCGGAACCGGGUGGCCAUGGGGAUGUGGGCGUCGCUGGACGCGAUGUGGGAGAUGCCGGCCGAGAAGCGUAUUUUCGGGGCCGUGCUGCUCUUCUCCUGGACAGUGUAUCUUUGGGAGACCUUCCUAGCGCAGCGACAGAGACGGAUAUAUAAAACAACAACUCAUGUACCACUGGAGUUAGGACAGAUCAUGGAUUCAGAAACCUUUGAGAAAUCCCGACUGUAUCAGCUGGAUAAAAGUACUUUCAGCUUCUGGUCAGGACUCUAUUCAGAGAUUGAAGGCACUCUUAUUCUUCUUUUUGGAGGAAUUCCUUAUCUCUGGAGACUUUCUGGACGGUUCUGUGGCUAUGCUGGCUUUGGACCAGAAUAUGAGAUCACUCAGUCCUUGGUGUUUCUCCUGUUGGCUACGCUUUUCAGUGCAUUGACUGGUUUGCCAUGGAGUCUUUAUAACACUUUUGUGAUAGAAGAAAAACAUGGUUUCAAUCAACAGACUUUGGGCUUCUUCAUGAAAGAUGCAGUCAAGAAAUUUAUCGUGACUCAGUGCAUUUUAUUGCCUGUGUCUUCACUUCUACUUUAUAUUAUUAAAAUUGGGGGAGACUAUUUUUUUAUAUAUGCCUGGCUGUUCACAUUAGUUGUUUCUCUGGUGAGUAAAAUCUUUGUUUCAUUUUCUUUUACAAAAUUUUCUUGGCAAGAUAACUAUGAUUUAAUCUUCAUUAGCAUAACUGUCUUUUCCUUAGGAUCUAAACGCUCUUCCCACAGCAAUGCUUAUUUUUAUGGCUUCUUCAAGAACAAGCGCAUAGUUUUGUUUGACACUCUACUAGAAGAGUAUUCUGUACUAAACAAAGCCAUCCUGGAGGAGUCUGGCAUGGAAGCCCGCAAAGAUGGAGAAGGGGACAGUGAAGAAAUAAAAGCUAACGUUAAAAAUAAGAAACAAGGAUGUAAAAAUGAGGAAGUGCUUGCUGUACUGGGCCAUGAACUGGGACACUGGAAGUUGGGACACACAGUCAAAAAUAUCAUUAUCAGCCAGAUGAAUUCCUUCCUGUGUUUCUUCUUGUUUGCUGUAUUAAUUGGUCGAAAGGAGCUUUUUUCUGCAUUUGGUUUCUAUAAUAGCCAACCCACUCUAAUUGGAUUAUUGAUCAUCUUCCAAUUUAUUUUUUCACCUUACAAUGAGGUUCUUUCUUUCUGCCUAACAGUCCUAAGCCGCAGAUUUGAGUUUCAAGCCGAUGCGUUUGCCAAGAAACUUGGAAAAGCUAAAGACUUAUAUUCUGCUUUAAUCAAACUAAACAAAGAUAACUUGGGAUUCCCUGUUUCGGACUGGCUGUUUUCAAUGUGGCAUUAUUCUCACCCUCCACUACUGGAGAGGCUUCAAGCUUUGGAAAGUUCAAAACAAGACUGAGGUGCCCAGGGUCUGCGACUGAAGACAUUUCCAAUUAUUUCUGUCCUGGCAGCAUGUUCCAGCUCUUGAUGUUUUUAAACCUUUUUUUUUUUUUUUUUUUUUUUAAGAAAAAUUAUUAAGUACAGAAAAACCCAGAUUUAAAUACAUUUAAUAUCUCAUUUCAAAAAUGAUUUUAAUAAUCCAUUUCUUAAAACACUGGAUGAAAUUUUGAGGCUUAAUGUUUUUAAAAGCAUGGUUUUAUCUCUAGCAUCUAAUUUUACCAUCAACUUUUAAAAUUAUUUGAGAAAAUACAGAACUUGUUUUAUUUACACACUUAUAUGGAACCUGCAUAUAAGGUGUUUGGGGGCCUGUGUUUAAAAAAGGAACACCACCCAGAGUUUUGUCUGUGAGGGAGUGAGACAGUGGUCCCAAAUCACUGUGCUCGGACCUGAGUUGAGAUUUGUUUUUACUUCCAUGUUCUUGUGAUCUAACCUGGUGAAUCAGUGUUUUACGUAAGGAAGAAAGGUAAUAAUUGGUACGGCUGAUGUGAUUUAAAUGAAACCAAUUAGAAAUAUGUUCUGUUCUACCAAAUGUCUCUGUUCCCUCUCUUGCAUCACACCGAUCAGGAGCUUCUAAAUAGUGCUUUGAAAUUAGAAAUUAUGUUUAGAAGGUUUUAAAUCACUGGGUUUUGUUUUUGUUUUUAGGAAAAUCUCCGUCUUUGUCUUUCUUUCUACCUGGUGGAUAUGAUCUCAUUACGGCAUAAACUAGUAUUUUUCAGAACAUUUCAGCUUUUUCCUCAUUUAUACUCUGACUCAAUAAACAGUACAUCCUUUCACUUAGCAGCAAUCGCCAUAUUGAAAAGGUUUUGCUAUUUUUAAAGUGGCAGAAUGUGGAAAGAAGAACAAAAGGACAUUUUAAGAGACAUAGGGUGAAAUACUGAUGGUUCUUUUAUGGUAUUUCAGGAAAAAAUAUAGUUUUAUAUCUCUUUCAAGAACAGAAGAGUUUCAGUUUUUAUUUUUGUAAUUUUUAUCGGGAAGUCGUAAGUACUAAUCAGGCCUGAUUCCAUUUUUGAAAAUUACAGUUCUUGAUGUGCAGCUAAUUUUUAUUUUCAAAACAAGUGUCACGAAAGAUUACUUUUCCAGUUUUCAAAGCUGUGUGUUUGACUGCCUCGAAUCUCUGUCCAUUUUCUGAAUGAGAGCUUACUUUGUGCCUGGAGCUCGCACCCUCUGGUAAUGUUUCCUUUCUGGGCAUUCAUCCCAAAGCAGAUCAGCUGUGCACCUUUGGUAUCUGGCCAGAAAGUCUUUUACUCAGCUGAUAUUUGGGUACUGCCUUUACAUGGAAAUAUAAUAAAAAUAAAGCUAGUUUAGUACUGCAUUAUUUAUUUUCCUAAGGCUAAAGAGGAGCAGUCUGAUGAUUUUAUCCAGCACCCUUUGUCUGUGAAUUCACGCUGUGAUAACUGCCUUUCCUUCCUUCUGUGCCUUUGAAUACAAAUUUCAGUUCUGCACAAGUGAAACAUUAAAAAUUGCCAAUGCGGA